UUCUAUAUUGGAACGUUUUUGCAGUUGAGUUAUUAACUGAAGAUUCCUUCUGACCCCCUGAUAUAUGUCAUGUUUGAAAAAACUUUGAAGUAAUAUAAAUCAAUUUGUUUUAUCCGUUAUGUUUUAUGCACUACAGAUCAGUGCCGAAAAUAUUCACCUUCACAACAUUCAAAUACGGCGAAUUACAGCCUGUGUUGUAUUGAUAACCUACUGCUCAAGCAAGAGUCGAUAAACAUGAAACAACCAAUGAACACCAACGGAAUGAACAUCAACAUCAGCUUGCCAUGAAGUUCAUUUUUCAUCUGCGUCUUCAUUUUCGUCAUGAUAUUUAUAACGUUGAAAUUGAUGGUCAUUGUGUGUUGUUGAAAAUCAAAGCAUAAAAUUCAACGUGUACCAAUUGAGAGUGGAUUUGAGUAAUGGCAAAGAAUGACCAUUCAUCACACAAAAUUCUUGUUUUUGGCGAAUUCGGCAAUGGAAUGUAUAGUAUAACUCUGACUAUGUUUAAUGAAUCUACUUCCGAUUGGCCGGAAAGGGCAUACUCGUCCAAUUAUAUUUCAAUAAACAUUCACUGCAAGCGAUGAAGAUCAACUUAACGUUUGUGAUAAUCACCUGAAACUAUUGACAGUAAGAAAAGUGAAUUUUUUUAAGUCUACGUAUGAAGAUUUUAAGGAAUUGCUCGAUCUCAUUCUGCUUGUGCCUUUCAUAUUGAAGAACUUGUUAACAUUUCCUUCGUUAAAUAUUUGCCUUUAUAACUGGUGCGGAUUUGAUCGAAAAGAGGGUUAAAGUUUGACUCUCUUCUCUGUGGAUUGUCUUAGAAAAUAUCCUCGUAUUAAAUGGACUAAUAUUCAUAUAUGAAAUGUGUUGUCUGUCAUUCAUGUUGUGGAACCUAUUCAUAAUCAUUCCAACGACCUGUGGUCACUGCACUUCCGGCCCAACCUAAAUUUCACAUUGGACAAAUUUUGUUACACAAUCAGUAGAUAGCGUUAAGUGCAUUGACACGCCGCUGUGUAAUGCACCAUAGGAACAUUGACAUUCCAACAGGACACAGAGCUGCCACAAAGAAUUUACGGCGACCAUUAAGCGCUUAAGCGAUUAAAAUAUUUCUCCAUAAGUAACGACGAAGAAAUAUGCACUGCUUCGAACGUGACGACUAUUACUCGGUAACGUUACAUGAAUCACGCUGACUCAGAUCACUAUUUGCCGUGCUUAUCUUCCGAUAAGCAAAUAAACAACAAAACGUGCGGUUAUAUAUGAUAUGGAUAUGCAAGGCAGCGGGCACGCGGCAUUGGGUAAGCUCGAAUACUCAUCGCCAAAAAGCGCCUCUUCAAUUCACAAGCCUAUAGCGUUCAUGGCCUACUGGUUGGAAGAAAGAGAAGAACAAACUCAUUACAUAAAAUUGUAUCAGCUGCCUUUCACACAGCUGGCCAUCGUUCGGUUCUCCGAUAGCGCCAUAUCUUUUGGACUCAAUCCCAACCAAACUUCGCAUGAAUCAUCAUCCAAUUGUUGCACGUAAUAAACUUCGCCCAGGGCGAAUUCGAUGCAAUUACGCGCAGGUCAAUUGCUGCAGUGACGUUAGAUAAUAAGCUUUCCAUCAGCGAGUAGCGCUCUUAUCUAACGACGGUUGCUGUUUUCUCUUCAUCUGUGGGUGAAACUCCGUGGGGCAUUUUUUUUUAUGUCAUCGUUUUUGUUGGCAGAUGCUUCAUUUAUGUUGGGUUAUCGGGUUCCCACCCGAUCAUUUUUGCUUCCAAUUUAAUUUUGCCAUAAACCGACGGAACAAUGCCGGCGAUGGCGCAAAAUGAAAUCUGAAGAUGUUCGGCGGCUCCCACGGCAGCGUAACUUUGUUACGAUCUCGUGUGGUCUCCGCGGGUUCGUUCUGUUGGAGGAAAGCCAGACUCUGGAAUCUGGAAUCCGACCUUUUGAUGAGGGCAGGGUGGCUGCUUAACAUGCAAGGGUGGCGCCAAUCCGAGCGGAACGGUGGCAACUAUUCGUAUCGACCAAUUAGUUCUGACCGGGGCCGAGGCCCUCGAUGCCGGUAUCAAUAAAACGGCCCUGCAACAGCAGAACGGUAGUUUGUAGCGUUUGUGGAGUUCUUGCGUUAACUUCGAACAGUCGUAGAACGGGGGAUAAAAGUGUUUGAGGGCGCGCGUGUGUGUGGGUAUUUCCAAGAUGGGCGGUAUUAUGUCGCGAGUUUUCCUCGGAGUGCCGGAGCACUGCUCGAGAUGCCAGCGAAACUGCUGUGUGUGUUUGGACCCGACUCUGGACCUGGACCUAACUCAACGGAGGCUGCGUCGACUGGAGCUACAACAGCGGCGGCGAAGCCGUGUUCUUGCGUUGGAUUUGGUCGUGACGGACGAUGAUUUUGACGUCGUGGAGGAGGAAGCUCCUCGAGCGCAGCGGAGGCUGCUAACCGUAAGGAGAACUCGUCCUCAACAGCAACAGCAGCAACAGCAACAGAAUGAGGAACCGGAGGAACAGCAACAACAGCAACCUCAGCAGAGACGAUCACAUCCGAUGAGGAGACAGCCUCAGCAACAACAACAACAACAACAACAACAACAACAACAACAACAACAACAACAACAACAACAACAACAACAACAACAACAACAACAACAACAACAACAGGAGGAGGAGGAGGAAGAUCAACCACAACAACAGCAGCAACAACAACCACGUAGACAACCAGCUGCAAGACGACAACAACAACAGCAGCAACAGCAACAAGAUGAACCCGAGGAAGAGGAUGAUCAACCACAACAGCAACAGCAGCAACCACGUAGACAACAAUCGGCACGUCGUAGACAGCCGCAGCAACAGCAACAACAAGAUGAAGAGCCUGAAGAUGACCAACAGCAGCAACCAAGACAACAAAGACGACCGGCUCAGCGCAAUCAACGAAGACAACGAGCCCAACAGCAAGAGGAACCCGAGGAGGAAGAGGAGGAAGAACAACAGACUCAACCACAACGACGUCGUCAACGCAGACAACGUCAACAGCCUCAACAACAGGAUGAAGAGGAAGAGGACGAUGACGAUGGUGACCAGCAAGAACAACAACAGCCGAGACGUCGUCCGGCAGCCCGACGACAAAGUCAAAGACGAAACCAGCAAGAUGAUCAGGAGGACGAGGAGAGCAGGCGCCCCCGACGCCGUCCGUCUCAGCGCCGUAGCCAGCGCCGCCGAGAUAGCUCCGAAGACGAAUCUGACCGUGAAGAAAGACGUCGCAGACGUGAGAAGGAACGCCUGAGGGAAGAGGUGAAAAAGGAAGUACACCGCAUCCAUGACAUUUGCCGCCAUGAGUCGCUCCGUUGCCAAGUGCCUCCGGAAGUGCCCCAGCAGCGUGAACAGGAACCUCCGGCCGCUCAGGGACCGAACGUCCGUCGAUUGGUAGCUUGCUACGAGCUGAUGCACUCCGACAUGAGUGACAAUAAUGCGCACUCGUUGCAGCACCUACUCUGCCACAUUGAUGACCAUCCGAUGCGGGACUCCACCCGUCGCAAAGAACGUUGCUGUAAAAUUCUAUGCUCUUUUCUCUUUUCAUUGAACACCAACGAACUUUACUUCAACUCUUACUUUGUUCUAUCUUUUUCUCCU